AUGGCGACCGCUAGAAUCUCAGCGCUGGCUUUGUCGCAGAGAGCUGUUACCGUCGCUCGGCCGCGAGUCCAGCUGGCGACACACCACAAAAUCACCGCGCGCCCGCUGCUAACAUCAUACCCCCGUCGGAUCGCACGGUAUUCCACCGCGGCAGCGGAUCAGCCGCGUGCACCGAAAAUUGAUCGCGCCGCUUCGAAGCUGUACAAGAAUGCGGACGAAGCUGUCGCCGAUCUCAAGAGCGGCUCGACCAUCCUCAGUUCCGGAUUCGGUCUGUGCGGAGUUGCGGAAACCCUUAUCAACGCGAUCCGCCGACGAGGCCCGGAGAAUUUACACUCGCUAACUGCCGUCUCGAACAACGCCGGAGCUCCAGGAAAGGGCGGUCUCUCGACGCUGACCCAGGCGGGACAGGUCAACCGGCUGAUCUUGUCUUAUCUGGGUAACAACAAGGCGCUGGAGAAGAAGUACCUGAGUGGGAACAUUGCCAUUGAGCUGUGCCCGCAGGGUACGCUGGCGGAGCGCCUGCGCGCUGGAGGAGCUGGGAUCCCGGCCUUUUUCACACCCACCGGUGCUCACACCCUUCUCCAGGAGGGAGAGAUCCCGGUCCGCGUGGACGAAUCUGGCAACGUACUGGAACGCGGCAAACCCCGCGAGACGCGGAUCUUCAAUGGAAAGACUUACCUGAUGGAAUCGGCGCUCACCGGCGACGUUGCCAUCAUCCGGGCAUGGAAGGCCGACGAAGCCGGAAACUGUGUCUUCCGGUACACCACCAAGGCGUUCGGGCCGAUCAUGGCCAAGGCGGCCACGCUGACCAUCGUGGAGGCGGAGAACAUUGUCCCCGUUGGCUCCAUCGACCCGAACGAUGUGGAUCUCCCCGGGAUCUUUGUGGACCGCAUUGUCCCCGCCACUGAUGAGAAGCACAUUGAACUGAAGAAGCUGCGUCCGGCGGAGGACGGCGCAGCGAAAGAAUCGGAGAAGAGCGCGGCUAUUGUCCAGCGGAACCGGAUUGCCAAGAGAGCUGCAAAGGAGCUCAAGCAGGGAUACUACGUUAAUCUGGGUGUUGGAAUUCCCACACUGGCACCGUCGUUUUUACCAGAGCACGUCAAGGUCUGGGUGCAAUCGGAGAACGGGAUUCUGGGCAUGGGCCCGUACCCGACUGAAGAGGAGGUUGAUGCGGAUAUUAUCAACGCCGGCAAAGAAACCGUUACGCUCGUCCCUGGAGCGGCCACUUUCGACAGCAGCGAGUCCUUUGGCAUGAUCCGCGGUGGACACGUCGAUGUGUCGAUUCUGGGGGCCCUGCAAGUGAGCGCCAAAGGCGAUCUCGCGAACUACAUGAUUCCCGGCAAGGUGUUCAAGGGGAUGGGCGGUGCCAUGGACUUGAUUUCGAACCCCGACCAGACGAAGAUUGUGGUGGCCACGAGCCACACGGCCAAGGAUGGGUCGCCCAAGAUCGUAUCGGAGUGCAGUCUGCCCUUGACGGGUGCGAACUGCGUCAGCACCAUCAUCACAGACCUGGUAAGUGCGCUUGAGCGAUGUUUGCUGCUUAACUGA